AAGCUUUCCGGGGUAGAGUGCGCAGUGGGUGGUGCCAUGGCAACCAAAGUCUUACCCUGCUAACGCGACCUGGGGAGUGAGAGGAACGGGACAGUAGGUUCCGUUCACACCCUCCGGAGACCGGGAGAUCGAAGAAAGGUUGAUUCGGCUGGUUGUCGCGGUGGAUGUCCCUCCUCCCGGGCGGUGGAGGUGGGCCUUUCUCUUCCCCCGAAGCUUCUGGGCCUAGGCCUUCUUCCAUGGCCUUUCCCCCUGCGACUGCAGACACACAGACCGUCACCCCGGCCACCCGCCGGCCUCGCUGACCCGUCAUGUCCUGGGCUAGUCCAGCGCCAUUCUCUGCAGCAUAGCGACCAGCAGGGCUGGGGAUCCCGACAGACUUUUCUCUUUGAAAAGUCAGCAGAAUGGAGGAAAAGAAAAUGAAACGCAGGAGCCCUAAAACCUCUACACAUCAGCAUCAUCCUCCAGUGAGCAACAAGAAAAAUACAGUACCCAGUAAGAGUGUGGGCUUAAGCAGUGGCACACAGACAGCUGUUCCAAAACAGAAGCUGAAAAGGGUGGUAAAGGAGAAACCCAAACCACAGAGUAUAGCUGGGAAGAGUACACAGUCAGCCCCUCUUCAGCAUUCCUUUCUCACUGACGUUUCAGAUGUGAAAGAGAUGGAGCGAGGACUGCUCAGCCUUCUAACUGACUUCCACUCUGGAAAGCUUCAAGCAUUUGGUAAUGAGUGUUCCAUUGAACAGAUGGAGCAUGUGCGUGAAAUGCAAGAAAAGCUAGCUCGCCUGCACUUUGACCUUUACAGUGACCUCGAUGAGCCAGUGGAGGAACAGAGGAACAUGGCUCAGGAUAUGCAUCUCGAUAAAUUGCUAACUAACUUGGAGGAGCUGAGCUCUUCGAUUCAAAAGCUGAACUUGGCAGAUAAUCAAGAUUUCCCAAGAGCAUCCACCUCCUGAAGAAUGGUUGGAAGCCUAUGUCUAAUACCGUGCAAAUACUCAUUGAUAGUAGUGGCUGCUGAGGAGAUUGCAGCAUGACGCUUCUUAUUACAGACAUUGGUUCUGCUCUUUUGCACCCAUGACUUGUUCUCACUGGAGGUUCUGGAAGCCAUUCCCGUGAAGAUCAAAGCAGUUGCCCCCAAUCACUGCUUGCUGAUGCUGUGUUGGGCUUCAUGCUACUGGUGAACAUUUUAUGUGGAAAAGCAUGUUUCUUAGAUUUGGAUGUGUUUUGAAACUUAGGGUGAAUCGGUUGUCUAAUAAUUUAAUUCUGUCAAUGUUCCUGCUUUUUUUGUUUUUGGAGAGGUUGCUGGAUGCAACCUGCUGCUACGGUUGAGGGGAGCAGAGUGUCCUGAGCUGGCCUCUGUGGUAGUGGCUGUAACGGAAAACGUGUUGCUGGUGGAUUUCUGGGGUAAAUCAAGGCAAGUUUGCAAGACGAAAGUGAAGUAGUACCAUUCAGAGAUUUCCACCUGGAUUGAAACCAUCAGAUGUUUCCAAGCUUUCAUUUUGGCAGGAUGAUGUCAGUCUGCCUCCUUUACAUCAUAGAUCUCUUAAACUGUUCUAUAGAACUGUGUCCAUUGGCCCCAAGACAGGAGCCAGCUGGGGAACUGCCACUUUUGAGGCUUGCCUGUCAGACCAAAUACCUUUCCAAUCAUAGCCUCAUGUACAGUAUCAAUAAGAAGGCCAACUAUACACACUACACGAGUAGGGAGCUGAUUUGGCUCUAAUACUAAAUUCCAUGGCUUAUCCUGAUUCACGUUGGCUCUAGCCGUCGUGAUCAUGUUCCAAUUGAAUUGUGGAAGCAGGGUGUUCUGACAAGGCAGGCCAAGAGUUUCCCUGUGCUCUGACAGGAUAGUAGGGAGUGAAGGAGGAAGAAACUACCGUGAGCAAUCCGAGAAGGACUCUUCCAAACCCCACUGCCUGAAACCAGACUAGCUCUCAGGUGGACUCCACCAAGAUCAACUGAUCCUUGUCUUUUGACAGAUAAUUUACCAAAUACUGAUUAUGGGCUUAACUGACUGUGUAACUGAUGUGGAAGACUUUUAUUGAGAAGAUUUUGGAGAGAGAGUGAGGAAAGAAAACCAAAUCGUGAAUUAUUAAAUUCCCAACAAGUGGAAGGACAGCGUAUUAUUUUUAAAAGACUGCCUUGUUUUAAAUGUUACUCUGUGGUAUUUUCUGUGUCCCCCGUCCCUGGCAAAGCCACUCUAACAGUGUCCUUGAUCAUGCUGCUAAGCUGGUGUGGAGAAGAUGUUUUCUUGCCCUUUACUUAUCUCCUCCUCCACAAGCAGAUCUGACUGUAAAGGCACAGGCGAGGGUGAGCUCCACCAUUGAGUUGGUACAUCACCUGCUGACGUUGUUUGACAUCUUCUAGAGAACAGACUAGAUUAAUAUGGUCCAAUUUUCUUUGGUUCUGUUCAUCACAAUGGUUUGCUGAGCUUGGGGGUUGAUUCAGACCAGUCACAGAGGCAUGUGCUAUUGGUGCAGCAGUGAAAUCCUAGCUUUAUUGCACAUUAAUGUGUUUACAAUUCAUGCAAGUGCAAUUGUGGAAGAGUUCUGCCUGCUUAGACUGUCCAAUAAUGUGCUGUAUGUGCAUAUGGGUUUGUCAUAUCUCAAAUGUGCCAUAAUUUUCAAUUUUAAAGUGCAUUCUGAGUUGCAAUUUUAUUGUUUUCUGUAACAUGAUCCGUUGAGUUGGGUGAGUGCUGCUCAAUUGCAGGUGGUCUUUCUGAAGUCUGAAUAGAGAGAUUGACUAUUACCGAUCUUAAACUCAGACCAUUAAGAGGAUCCAGCUUCACAAAAUGAAGUGCAGUGUUUGCAAAUUGGACAUGAACAAGAGAGAUAAUGACCACCAAGCUGCACUAUAGGUAAAGAUCAGUGAGGGCAAUGGAGCACGGUUUGUUUCAUACUUGUGUAUUUUCACUGUCUGUCUGCUGGAGGCUUAUACCAAAUCAUUGCAUAAUGACAUAUUAAAAUGAAACAUAUUUGAA